UGGCGCACCACUCGGUUUCAGUUUAGAGGGAAAGAGGAAGCACUACUUUUUCGGUGCAUCUUUUGUCAUGUAAUCAAUGUGGGCUGAUAAUCCUCGCUUCAGGAACAGCCCUUUCAGUUUAAAGAAAGAAAAGAAAGCCUGGCUGUGCUCUUUUGAUUGUAAAUGCCGUUUGGACAUCUUUUUCUGUAAACUCUUGCUAACCGAUCACAGCUGAAAAGCUACAUUAGCCUAAAAAAAGCAGGUAUGCUCUCUGAGGGAUAUCUUUAUGGAAUCCAGCAAUGGUAUGAGGAUGACAGGACUGUAUUCAGUCAUUACAGGACAACAGAUGCAUCAAAUGAACUGAGUGUCAUGUGCAGUUUAAUUUACACUUCCACAUGUGAGACAAGAAGAAGGAGAUUUUUCAGCAAGCUUGCUUUCUCAGGAAGGCGCGAUCCUACUGUUCAGUCAAGUAGAACUUCACAGAAUACAGAACAGGCAAGUGAAUUGGAGCGAGGAAUUGACAACCGGAUGUCUGAAAGGGAAACAUCUCCCUCCUUAGCAAUAACUGACUAUUCAAACUCCAGCAAAGAUGCAUAUUUGGUUCCAUCCUCCUGCAAAGAUAUAUGUAUAGACUAUAAUGAUCUUCACAUAGCAGGCGACCAAGUGAUGGCUAUGAACUCUGAACUCAGUGACUUGACUUGCACACGCAGCUUUGAUUUUUGUGAAUGUCCAUUUUUAGAGUCAUCCCAAAUACCUCCAACUAUGGAAUCAAUAAAUACAGCAAGUGUCAUGGCAAAAAAGCCAAGCAAAGGUGACUUUUCUUGCUGGAAAGCAGGCAGCAUUAAGGAUAAAAGUAUUAUGCAACAUCAGCAACCACUCUCUAACUCUGUGCUAAAUGAGUACUUGGAACGCAAGGUUAUUGAACUUUACAAACAAUACAUAAUGGAUAUGAGCUGUAGUACUACAGCAACUGAUAUUAUGGCUUCAGAACUUGUUAUGAACAAUGUACAGCAGAUUAGUAUGCAGAUUUCAAGGGAGCAAAACAUGGAAACGAACAAGGCCAAAGACAUGGUCAUUAGUUUCUUGAUCAGAAUAGCAAGCGAGAUGCAAUCCAAUGUUGUCAGCACCUCAAAUCUACAAAUCUCAUUCGAUAAAGCCUGAAUAUAUUGUAUUCAUUGGGUUCUGCCCUCUGGCAUGGUUGAAUGCACUGCAAAUGGCUGCUGAACUCAACAAGGGGCUAAAAUGUUAAAGGUGACCAUAAUGUGAAUCCAAAUUAAAAAGUUAGCAACACCAAAAUGAAAGGGUUCUGUAUAUAAAUAAUGAAUGAGAAUAAAUACCACUUUAAAUAAAAUAAUCUUAUUUCUCUGCACUAAUAUAAGCUGUUGUGUAGCUAUGGGGCUGACAAUCGAGUUCCAGUAUGGCUGUAGGGCCAACAUUUGCAAAGUAGAUAACUGAUAAGCUUUUAGAAUAUAAUGCGUUAGUACCUAAGUGGAUAUUUAAGGUCAAAUAUGUAAUUCUAGGCUCCAUACACACUUACAGGAUGUUAACCUAGAUGCCCCCUUCAAAAAGCAGGUUACUUGAAGGCUAGAGAUUGUAUCAGCAUAUUUUAUGAAAUUGUCUACAUUGCUAACAGUGCUCCCAUGCCUUAGUGAAAAUAUAAGAAUCAGGAGAAAUAGGAGCUGAGUGGUUUACUGUUGUUAGAUAAUGAUGGAAUAGGAGAGGCAACACCUGCCUGAGGACAGGAUCAUGUCUAAUGAACUGCCAACAUAAUGAAGCUGUGCUUUGCUGCAGUGAAAGAGCUUCUUCUCUCAGACUAUUAGGCAAUCUCCAGAGUAGGAGGACCAAGUAAAGGUUUCAACAGCAGCGUCCUAAAAUUUAGCACAUUAAUGAAUACUAAAUACUGUAAUUGCAUAACUGCUCAAGGAACCACUUUUAGUCAAUUUAGUUUACUAUUGUUGGGAUUAAACUAUUAUAAACUGAUAGCAGAACAAAUAUACCUACAGGGCACCAUGGCAUCCACUUACUAAAGUUCCUAAAAAUUGUAUAUCUAUAAAUUAACCAAUAACUCUGCUAAUUUUUGUACAGGUACACCAAAAUGUCCUCACUUCCCAUCUUUACUAGAAUGUGAAAAACAAUAGCUGGCGUUAUUUACAUAAGUGUAACAGCAAAUCUUAGGGGCCUCAAAUUUAUAUGGUAGAGUUUUUUUAGGGGAAACCUAGAAUUUUUCGAGGAAAAGAAACCUUGAAUUUUUAGAGAUAACUCAAAUCUGCUAGAAAUCUGAAAAUAUUCCAUCUCAAACCUGUCAAGGUCAUGUAGAAGUCAAUGGUAGAUGUCCCUGUUUCUUGACAUUGUGAUCUGCUCUAGAUAAUCUGAUAAAGUCAAGUUUUUGCAGUGACAAUUCUAUAAAGUUUUCGCAGUGACAAUUGUACAAUUCAAAUUAAUGCUCGUUUUUGUUGCAGAGUUUUUUUCACACCGAAUUUUUCGAGAAGAAUUAUUGAUAAAUGAGUUUAAUUCAUGGAUGGGCAUUAGGUCGACUUUUCAUAAAUAACGUAUUAAUUCCAGUUUUAGUAAAUAAUGCCCUAUGUGUUAUUUCAGGCAAAUUGUGAAUUUAUGGUGUACAGUUAGGUCAUGCUAUGUAAUUUGAAUCUAAUUAAUAGUUUAUAUAAAAAUUAAUGCACAUUUUAUUCAUGUAUUAUUAUAUUCAAUUAUGAUCAAUGUAUAUCAGUAAUUUUCAUAUAUUAAUUAUUAUUAUUGACAUUAUAAUAAUGUAAUUUAAGUAUCAUUAUUCUUUCAAUGGACUCACUAAUGUUAGCAGGUCAUAUAACAAAUCUUACAUCGAAUCUCACCCUAUAAAAUUUCUGACCUUAUCUUACAUAACCCUAUUUUCUGGGCACUGAUAGAUGUUGGCUCCAAUGUUGGUAACAAUUUUGGUGGAAUUUGUUGAUAAUUCUGACACCACAAUUUAGGCUUAAAAAAAUCUUCUUUUGAUAAAAGCUUGAUAAAAGGCCGCACGACCUGAAACGUUGCUGUGAUGCCCUAAAGCACAAAUAAAGGCUUUUUAAAAAAGAAGAAAAGUUUGGUGGUGCUGUUCAAAAUACUUACCCAAUUAAAAAUCUCCUUUGACAUGUGA